AUGGGCGAUUGGCUCUUUCCGACCAUUCAAGUCGGCGGAGCCCGACCUUGUGUUUCCGGCUCUUCUUUAGAGAGAGCUGGAGCAAGUGAUUGGGCCCCUCACAAGGGUGCUGAGAGCCUGUCUGGCCUUUGGGUACAUCCCCAGGCGUGGAGAAAGGUGAAAGUCGUCCUUAUCUCCAAGACAUUGGAAAAGCUGGUCGAUGUAUACAUCAGGGAUUGUGUGCUGGCUCGGUAUCCGUUGCAUGCCGAGCAGCACGCCUACCGGGCUGGCCACUCGAGCAUAUCGGUUCUCCACUUGGUAGUCUAUAAAAUUGAAAAGCAGCUCCAGCAAGGAGGCUUUUUGGUAGGAACCUUCCUAGAUAUUGAGGGGGCCUUCAACAACACCCCACAUGAGGUAGUGUGUGCCGAGGUAGCAAGGCGGGGCGUACCGGUGAAACUCGUUAAGUGGAUCCGGGAAAUGCUUGGACGUCAAGUGACGACAUCACUGAGUACGGGGGCUCUAGGGAUGGUGGAAGAAUGGUGUAAAAGGACGGAUAAUAAGACAAGUCUGGUAAUUUUCAUCCACAAGUACAAAGUGGGCUCCGUGAAGGGGCCCGUUUUGGAAGGGGUCAGACUGAUUCCCGAGACGUCAGUCAAGUAUCUAAGAGUUAUCCUGGAUAAAAGACAGAAUUGGAAGCUGCACCUGGAGGCGGUGUGUAAGAAGGCCUGCACAUAUUUCUGGCUGUGCAGAAGAAUCUUUGGGCAAACCUGGGGACUUCAGCCGGACAGGGUGCUUUGGCUAUACUCAGCGGUGCUUCGGCCAAGAUUGCUCUAUGCUGCUGUGGUCUGGUGGCCAAGGACACAGUUGACGGAGACUCGAGCAUCGCUGGAACGCGUCAGGGCUCUUAUUUUAAGAGGGGCUCUGGGAGCAAUGAGGACAACGCCGGUGGCAGCAAUGGGAGUGCUGCUUGGCAUCGAACCACUCCAUCUUGUGAUAGUGGCGGCAGUGGCGGCCACUGCGUAUAGGUUGAAGUGCGAGGGCAAAUGA